UUUCAAACACAUUUAAUGUAACAAUGUUGCACAUCAAUGAUGAUCUUGCUAAAAUUAAGGAAUUCUUUAACAGUAUCCCAAAACUUGGUUUAGGAGAUACAUCCAUGUCUCAACUGUCUCAGACAUCUGGGAACUCACAGAUGACCCCGUACGACAAGUUUAUGCUUAAGGCUGUUGUUCUCCCUCUAUGUGAUAUUAUAAAGUUGAAUACUACCACUCAAUGUGUCACCGUUGGUAAAAUCAAACGACUUAAAGCUGCACAAGGGGGUUGGUAUUACCUCGCAUGCUAUGCUUGUCCAAAGUUUGCAAAAGGAAAUCAACCACCUUAUGUUUGUAGUGCCGGACAUUCUACGGAAACUGAAAUUUUAAGGAUCUUGAAAUUACAUCAGAACUUAACCCUCAACCUGUUACGCCAACCUCCGCCACUAAAAGAAUUGCGCCUCCUAUUUCUACCGAAGAUGCAGCCAGCUCUGAAAUCCAGCAGGAAGACCAUUCCUCCACGAAAUUGAAAAAAAUUAUCA